AUGAAGCAGCAGAAGAUGAAGCGGCAGAAGGAAGAUGAAGCAACAGAAGAUGAAAGCCCUGUUUGGAUUGGCUUUUCAAACGCUGCUUUUGACUUUCUGGGAGAAUAUCAUCUAGAUCUCAUAGUAAGCUAUGGAGCAGUACCUGUUAUAGUCCGAAGAGUCGAUGGGGUCCACAUGCUUCUAGGAAGCUUUGAACCCAUUCAUGGUGUUCUUCUUCGUGAGGGUGAAGAUAUUGAUCCAUCAUUUUAUGAUGCCAAAUUGUCUGAUUUUCCGCCUGAAGAUCUCGAAGAGAUUAGGCAACUUCAUGCAAGUGACACAACCAUUGAUCGCGAGAAAGAUACAAUUGAAUUAAGGCUAGCAAAGCUUUUCCUUGAAAGGAACAUACCCUACUUAGGAAUAUGUAGAGGGUCACAAGUCCUUAAUGUGGCAUGUGGAGGUACCCUCUAUCAGGACAUAGACAAACAACUAUCAAAGACAUGUCCAGAAGAUAAGAGAGUGGUUCAUAUGAACUAUGAAAACUAUGAUGGACACCGGCAUGUGGUGAAGGUGGUUGAGAAUGCCCUUUUGCGUAAAUGGUUUAAAGAUUCACUAGAAGAUAUAAAAAUGGAAAUUUGGGUAAAUAGUUAUCACCAUCAAGGUGUUAAGAAACUUGCACAGCGAUUCGAUCCAAUGGCUUUUGCUCCUGAUGGCUUGGUUGAAGGCUUCUAUGAUCCAGAAAAUUAUAAUCUAGAAGAGGGCAAGUUUAUAAUGGGGCUUCAAUUUCAUCCCGAACGCAUGCGACGUGCAGAUUCAGAUGAUUUUGAUUAUGCAUGGUGUCCAGCUGCAUAUAAGGAAUUUGUGAAGGCUGUUAUAGCUAAUGAGAAAAAGACUAGACAUUCAGCAUGUGUACCAAAGGCUCUAAAACUCGAACAUCAGGGAGAAUCUUAA